GAGGGAGUGCGAGCUGAGUGAGUCUGAGGGAGACCGAUAGAGUAAGGGGGAUAUCUGAGGCACCAUUCGGCGACUAUAAUCUAUGUGGGCUGCUGUCUUUGGAUUUUUGUGGGACCUCUCGGCACCAUGAAAGAAUAAGCAUGCCACAGGCAGAGGGGAAUGGCUUUUAAAUUGUCUGGGUCCUCGUACCUACUGUCUGGCUUCCUCCUGCUCUAAAGGACUCAAGCUUUUUAUGGGAACUACUGGCCUUGCUCUCUUGAGGAUUUAGCUUUCCUUGUGGGACACCAUUUUCCAUCAUCUCUGAAACGGGUGCACAGCCAAGGAAACGAUGGCCAACAACUCGUAUACCGGGGUGAAGAACUCGAUGGCGGAAGCCAAUCAUGAUGCUGAGUUUGGCUGCACACUUAAAGAGCUGCGUUCCCUCAUGGAACUACGAGGGGCAGAGGGAUUGCACAAAAUCCAGGAAUCUUAUGGGGACGUUAAUAGACUCUGCUCCAGGUUGAAAACAUCGCCUAUAGAUGGUUUAAGUGGACAGCCCACAGACAUCGAAAAAAGAAAAACAGCAUUUGGACAGAACUUUAUACCUCCAAAAAAGCCAAAAACAUUUCUUCAAUUAGUUUGGGAAGCAUUACAAGAUGUGACCCUGAUUAUUCUAGAAGUGGCAGCCAUAGUUUCAUUAGGCCUUUCUUUUUACAAGCCUCCAGAUGCAGAAAGAGAAAACUGUGGGAAGGCAGCUGGAGGUGCUCAUGAUGAGGGUGAAGCAGAGGCUGGCUGGAUAGAGGGAGCAGCCAUCCUCCUGUCUGUCAUCUGCGUGGUGCUAGUCACAGCAUUCAAUGACUGGAGCAAAGAGAAGCAGUUCCGUGGCUUACAAAGCCGCAUCGAACAAGAGCAGAAGUUUACGGUCGUCCGUGGCGGCCAAGUCAUCCAAAUCCCAGUGGCUGAGAUCGUAGUCGGCGAUAUUGCACAAAUAAAAUAUGGUGACCUCCUACCUGCUGAUGGUAUUCUUAUCCAAGGGAAUGAUCUGAAGAUUGACGAGAGCUCUCUGACAGGAGAGUCAGACCACGUGAAGAAGACCCAGGAGAAAGAUCCUAUGCUGUUGUCAGGCACCCACGUAAUGGAGGGCUCCGGAAAAAUGGUGGUCACUGCCGUGGGAGUCAACUCCCAAACUGGAAUCAUCUUCACUCUCUUGGGGGCAGGAGAGGAGGAGGACGAUGAUGAAGAUAAGGAGGAGAAGAAGAAGGAGAAAGAGAAGAAAAAAGACAAGAAAAACAAAAAGCAGGACGGCUCCGUCGAAAAUCGAAAGAAAGCUAAAGCUCAGGAUGGAGCUGCUAUGGAGAUGCAACCGCUUAACAGUGAUGAGGGCGCAGAUGGAGAAGAGAAGAAAAAAGCCAACUUGCCAAAGAAAGAGAAAUCUGUUCUACAAGGGAAACUUACUAAACUCGCUGUCCAAAUUGGAAAAGCAGGGUUAGUGAUGUCUGCCAUCACAGUCAUCAUCCUGGUGGUUCUGUUUGUGGUGGACACAUUUUGGAUCCAGAAUCUCCCCUGGGUGAAGGAGUGCACACCUGUCUAUGUCCAGUUCUUUGUCAAAUUCUUCAUCAUCGGUGUGACAGUGCUGGUAGUGGCAGUUCCCGAAGGCCUUCCCUUAGCCGUCACCAUCUCGUUGGCUUACUCUGUCAAAAAAAUGAUGAAGGACAAUAAUCUAGUGCGGCAUCUGGAUGCCUGUGAGACGAUGGGUAACGCCACUGCCAUUUGCUCUGAUAAGACUGGUACGCUCACCAUGAACAGGAUGACUGUGGUGCAGGCGUACAUCGCUGACAAGCACUACCGGAAGGUUCCUGAACCCGAGAACAUCCCUGCCAGCAUCAUGGACCUCCUUAUCCUCGGUAUCAGUGUUAACUGCGCAUACACCACCAAAAUAAUGCCUCCAGAGAAGGAGGGUGGGCUGCCACGUCAGGUAGGCAACAAAACUGAAUGUGCCUUGCUUGGCUUUGCCUUGGACCUGAAAAAAGACUACCAAGCAAUCCGCAAUGAAAUCCCCGAGGAGAAGCUCUACAAGGUUUACACCUUCAACUCUGUCAGAAAAUCCAUGAGCACCGUGCUGAAGAACGCUGACGGAAGCUUCCGGAUGUUCAGCAAAGGAGCCUCAGAGAUCCUGCUCAAGAAGUGUUAUAAGAUCCUCACAGCGAGUGGGGAGUCAAAGGUUUUCCGGCCGCGUGACCGUGAUGACAUGGUGAAGAAGGUGAUUGAGCCCAUGGCCUCAGAGGGCCUUAGGACCAUCUGCCUGGCCUACAGAGACUUCCCCGCCUCAGACGGAGAACCAGACUGGGACAACGAGAGUGACAUUCUAACCAGCCUCACCUGUAUAUGUGUGGUGGGCAUCGAGGACCCCGUCCGGCCCGAGGUCCCAGAUGCCAUACGAAAGUGCCAGCGUGCCGGCAUCACUGUGCGCAUGGUCACUGGGGAUAAUAUCAACACCGCUCGCGCCAUAGCAACCAAGUGCGGCAUCCUGCAGCCAGGCGAUGACUUCCUCUGCUUAGAGGGCAAAGAGUUUAACCGACGGAUACGUAAUGAAAAAGGCGAGAUUGAACAAGAGCGCAUUGAUAAAAUUUGGCCAAAACUACGAGUCCUGGCUAGAUCAUCUCCAACAGACAAACAUACUCUAGUAAAAGGUAUAAUCGACAGCACUAUUGUAGAACAAAGACAAGUUGUAGCAGUAACAGGAGAUGGGACUAAUGAUGGGCCUGCAUUGAAGAAAGCUGAUGUUGGAUUUGCUAUGGGUAUUGCUGGGACAGAUGUGGCCAAGGAGGCGUCUGACAUUAUUCUCACCGACGACAAUUUUAGCAGUAUCGUCAAGGCUGUGAUGUGGGGACGCAAUGUCUACGACAGCAUUUCCAAGUUCCUCCAGUUCCAGCUGACUGUCAACGUAGUGGCUGUGAUUGUUGCCUUCACCGGAGCCUGCAUCACACAGGACUCUCCUCUGAAAGCGGUGCAGAUGCUGUGGGUGAAUCUGAUCAUGGACACAUUUGCCUCUCUGGCCUUGGCCACUGAGCCGCCCACCGAGUCUCUGCUGCUGCGUAAGCCCUACGGCCGCAAUAAGCCUCUCAUUUCCAGAACCAUGAUGAAGAAUAUCCUGGGCCACGGCGUCUACCAGCUCAUCAUUAUUUUCACCCUGUUGUUUGCAGGUGAAAAGAUGUUUGACAUUGACAGUGGGCGGAACGCACCCCUGCAUGCUCCACCCUCUGAGCACUACACCAUCGUCUUCAACACUUUCGUCAUGAUGCAGCUCUUCAACGAGAUCAAUGCACGCAAGAUCCAUGGCGAGCGCAACGUCUUUGAAGGCAUCUUCAACAACUUGAUCUUCUGCUCUAUCGUCUUUGGCACCUUUGUCAUCCAGAUUGUGAUAGUGCAGUUUGGAGGAAAACCCUUUAGCUGUGUUGGCCUGUCUAUUGACCAGUGGCUCUGGUGCAUCUUUCUGGGCUUUGGCUGUCUGCUGUGGGGUCAGGUCAUCUCAUCCAUUCCCACCAGUCGGCUGAAGUUCCUGAAGACGGCGGGCCAUGGCACACAGAAGGAGGAGAUCCCUGACGAGGAGUUGGAGGACAUGGAGGACCUGGAUGAGAUCGACCAUGCUGAGCGGGAGCUCCGCCGAGGCCAGAUCCUCUGGUUCAGAGGCCUCAACCGCAUCCAGACCCAGAUGGAUGUAGUGAGUGCAUUCCAGAGCGGCACCUCCUUUCAGGGGGCUCUGAGGCGCCAGCCCUCCAGCUCCAGCCAGCAACACGAUAUCCGUGUGGUGAAUGCAUUCCGCAGCUCUCUGUCCCCUUAUGAGGGACUGGAGAAACCCGAGUCGCGCAGUUCAAUCCACAACUUCAUGACCCACCCAGAGUUCCGAAUAGAGGACUCGGAGCCCCACAUCCCCCUCAUUGACGACACAGACGCCGAGGACGACGCCCCUACCAAGCGCAAUGCAACGCCCACGCCUCCGCCGCCACCCUCGCCCAAUCAGAACAAUAACGCCGUAGACAGCGGCCUUCACCUCUUUCUGGAUAGCAGCAAACCAGCCACGCCCUCGGCCCCCGGGAGCCCCCUUCACAGCCUUGAGACGUCCCUCUGAUCGACCCCGCCUCUUGACACACACACUCUUUUGUUUUUUUUUCUACGGAGACAGGCGCUAAGAGGACACAUGGGCAGGAUGGGGCAGAGACAGCGUCUCCUGGGAGCUUAGCCUGUGCUGGACUGCAACAAGAGCAAGCAUUCAUCAGAAUGUAGGGUUUGGUUGUGAUGUUUUCCUCUUUUUUUCUUACUUUAUUCUUAUUUUUUGGUUCUUAAUGUCCCUUUGGAAAACUGAGGGGAGGGGCUCUCUGUUUCCACCACUCCCUCCCUCAAAGAUCUUUUUUUUCCCUUUGUUGAAAGCAGAGGGGUGGCUCCAACUCAGAUUGAAAGUGACCUGUUGUUGUUGUUAUUAUUAUUAUCAUCA